AUGAAUAAACAGGAUGUUGACCACCACCACUUUAAACAAGCCACUACUCCACGCUUUUCUUCACGACAAGUUGAGUCGAUAGCAGGACUUUGUGCAGGGUUCGCAACAACAAUCAUUACUCAUCCCCUCGAUAUAAUCAAAAUACGACUUCAAUUAUCCCAUACAAUUACCAAAGAAGGUAAUACAAAAGGGAGGCCUUUUCAAUCGGUACUUGACAUUAUACGACAAAUUAACCAAGAUGCAAGGUUUCAGGCAAAACAGUUUUCUUUGCAAUCAACGACACAUUCUUUGCGCAAAUUCAUUGGUGUUAACUACUUAAUUCAGUAUUAUCGUGGAUUGGCGCCAAAUUUAAUCGGUAAUAUAUCAGCAUGGGGAUGCUAUUUUGCCCUUUAUGCAGAAUUUAAGAGUCACAUACACACAUCGAACUUAACUAUAAAUUAUUUUACAAGUUCUUCAUUGGCUGGGAUCACCACAUCAAUCUUAACUAACCCCAUCUGGGUUCUUAAAACUCGUAUAAUUGCGAAAUCUACGAACGAAUCGGGCGCUUAUAGAUCGGUUUGGGAUGGGAUACGAACUAUGAUUCGUGAUGAAAGUAUUGCAAGCUUUUGGAAGGGGUCAAUACCUAGUAUGUUUCAAGUUUUCCAAGCAAGUUUACAAAUUACCAUUUAUGAUCAUUUGAAGAAUUACAUAUUCAAGAAGAAACCUAACACAGAAGGGGAUUUUACUGCUGUUGCACCCCAUCUAUCCACAGCACAAUAUUUGUAUACAUCAGCAACGUCAAAGAUUAUUAGUACGUUGGUAAUGUACCCAACACAAGUAAUCAAAUCAAGGUUACAAAAUAGUCAUCAAUCAAAUACAACUAUAGUGCAAGUGAUACGCAAUUUGUAUUUCAAAGAGGGUGGGUUUCUAGCAUUUUAUAAAGGUUUGAGUGCCAAUAUCAUUAGGGUUGUUCCCGCUACUUGUAUUACCUUUGUUGUAUAUGAGCAUGUGAAGCGGAUUUUAAUAGAAUAA